AUGACGGCCUCACACAUGGGUGGUGGCCCUGCAGUUCCGGGUGCCACACACACGCCAGCCCCUGCUCAGGCCCUGAUCUUUGAGAAGGGGGAGCAGCAGAACCUGGGCACUGACCCCACAGUGCCACUCACACCCACAGACAAUUCUCCAGACAGGCAUCAGGUCUCGGUCCUGGCCACCUCCCCCUGCAGGGCCUCAGCUCUUUCCCAGGACUCACAUGGUCCUUCCUCACAUGCAGCUCUGGACCAUCCUCCGGUAAGCCGUCCAGUGGGGCCAUUUGGGAGCCCUUCGUCGUGGGGUGAGCGCUGCAGGAACCGGGGCCCCAUAAGCCCGUGCUUUUGUCGGGGCUGCCCCCUCUCCCAUCGCAGGGUGGGGAGGAAGGGUCGUCCCGCCUCCCGUCCAGGCCAGUCCUGUUGCGCCUCCUCCUGCCCCACUCUGACUUUCGCGCGCCCAGGCGUCUCUGAGGGUCGCGCCCGAUACCCUCCUCUACCCCAAGGCUUCUUCUCCCCAAGGGCCGGGCUGGGGCCCAGGAGCGUCACAGCCUCCGUAGGCCCCGGAAAUCGCAGCUUCGUCAAAGCUAAGCCUGCCACGAUCAGCUUUUCCCACCACCUGGAGGAUCCACUCUCCGUCCGUCCUUCCCGACCUCAGGCUGCAGAGAAAACUUGGGGGCGGGGGUCGAGGAAGCCGCGCCCCAAGGCUCCCAGCACAGCCCCAAGAGGAAUCCUGCAGGCAACAAGAAGCUGUACACGCGGCCGGGCGCGAGCCUCCGAGUCCAGGUGGGGUCUCCGCGCCCCAAUUCCACCCCGCCCCGCAUCGGCGCCCCCCGCAAGUGAGGGGUUUCCACACGCCCCGGCGUUCCCGCCCACUCAGGGUCUCCCUCGACCCCCCGGGAGAUGCUCCCCGCUUUCUAUCCCGCCCCGCUCUGGCGCGCCAGGUAAACGAUGUGACCCCGCCCCCCUGCGGUCUCUCCUCCCCAGGACGCUGCCCCCGUCCCCACUUGUGGUGCUCGGGGCAUCUCUAAAGCCCCCAACCAGAGUCCUCCAACCCACCCGCGAGGCUCGCGCACCAGCAACGCGGCCCCGCCCGCAGGGACCCCGCCCACCUGUGGCUCUACCCCCGCCUCUGCGGCCUCCCCCACCGCUAGCGCGGCCCCCACCUACGACGACCCCCGCGUAGGUCCUCCUGCCCACACCUGCCACCCCGCCAGCCCCUGUCCCAGCCCCUAGCCGUGCCCCCGCCCCUAGCCGCGCCCCCGCCCCCGCCCCCGCAGCCCCUCCUGUGCGCUCGGGUCCAUCCCGUCACCGCCCAUUGGCCCUGGGUCAGCGCAGGGGCGCCGGCCUGGCUGCGGUUCCGAGUCGGGCGCGCGCCGGCAGGGUUCCCAUUGCCAGCGGCGCAGCCAGACUAGGGGCUGCCCUCCGCCUUCUCGCCAUGGACGCGGACGACUCCCGGGACACCAAGGGCUCCUUGCGGAAGUUCCUGGAGCACCUCUUCGGGGCCCGCAAGGCCAUCGGCGUGCUGACCAGCGGCGGGGAUGCUCAAGGUUUCUCCAACGUGAGAUGCUCCCAGGAGUCCUUUGGGAUUGUUUUCUGACUUUGACCAGGAUUUUGACGGAGAAGAUUCAUUAAUAUAGGACCCCUUGUCUUAACGUACAUAUGUAAAUGAUCUGAUGUGAAGUUUUCUGAAUGGAAAAUGAUUGAAAGGUUGGCAUGCAGUA